AUGGUCUCAACCAUCGAUGGGAAGGCGAAGCGUUCUCAUCUACCUGGGGACCUCUCACCCAUAGCGUCGGAUCCGCCUUCCACGAUGGCAUGGCCGCCAUCCGACGCGUCCGAGAUUCCUGCUCGCCCGACCUUGAAUUCACAGCAAUCGAGCUCCCUCCCAUCCACCCCUUACCAACAUGCGCGCAACCUCACUUUCCACUCCCGGUCGCCCUCCCCCGUCCGGGGCAAUACCUCCCCCCGUUCCACCCACUCCGAAUCCGCACACCUGCCUCCCUCCGCCCGAAAACCGCUCGAUGGCUGUAAAUACGAGACCGCGAUGGCCUACUUCCGAAGACGAAUGCCAUAUAGCCUAGGCGCCGAGGUACUCCCGGAGGACAAGGAUGCGCUGAAGGAAAAACUCGAGCCCGAGGCAGAGAAGAAGUUGACGGCGGACAUUAUGGACCUCUACGACGAGUUGUUGCCCUCGGCGGAAAGUGACGAUCGACGUCGGCAGCUCCUUCGCAAGCUGGAGAAACUGUUCAAUGAGCAGUGGCCGGGCCACGAGAUUAAGGUCCACGUCUUUGGCUCAUCGGGGAAUAAGCUCUGCUCCAGUGAAUCGGAUGUGGAUAUCUGUAUCACCACCAAUUACAAGGAGCUCGAACAUGUUUGCAAGUUGGCAGAGGUUUUGGCAAAGCAUGGGAUGGAACGAGUGGUCUGUGUGUCGCACGCGAAGGUGCCGAUUGUCAAGAUUUGGGACCCAGAGCUCAGGCUGGCCUGUGACAUGAAUGUCAACAACACUCUGGCGUUGGAGAACACCCGCAUGAUUCGGACUUACGUCGAGGUCGACGAACGGGUACGGCCAUUAGCCAUGGCCAUCAAGCAUUGGACGAAGAAGCGGAUUCUCAAUGAUGCGGCACUUGGAGGCACUCUCAGUUCCUACACUUGGAUUUGCUUGAUCAUUAACUUCCUGCAAACACGAGAUCCUCCCAUCCUCCCCAGUCUUCAAGCUCGCCCUCACGAGAAGAAAGUCACGCCCGACGGCUUGAUCUGCUCCUUUGACGACGAUCUCAAAGCUUUGGCCAACUUUGGACGAAAGAAUCAGCUGUCAGUCGGCGCAUUGUUUUGCCAAUUCUUUCGGUACUAUGGGCAUGAGGUCGAAUAUCAGGAGAAUGUCAUCUCGGUGCGGCAAGGCGCCUUGAUCUCCAAGGAAGCUAAGGGCUGGAAUUUGCUCAUGAACAACGGACUCUGUGUGGAGGAACCGUUCAACACAUCAAGAAACUUGGGCAAUACGGCCGACGACACCUCAUUUCGGGGUCUCCACAUUGAACUCCGAAGGGCAUUCAAGUGUGCUGUGAAAGGGGAUCUGGCAGAUUGCUGUCUGCAAUAUGAAUAUCCACCAGAGGAAGAGCGAACAUGGGAGCGGCCACCGCCUCAGCCGCGGCCUACACUGACGCCGGCCCUUCCUUCGCGCGGAGGCCGUGGAGGCGGCCGGGGUGGCCGGUAUACGAACCAGUUUUCUCGCGGAGGGUUCACGGGUAGCCGUCGGGCCUCCAACACAGUAAACAGAGCCAACUCAUUCCGGCAGCCGCAUAUGCCUUCUGAGCUCUCCAUGCAGGCGCAACAGCAGGCGCAACAGCAGGCCCAAACUUUUUUGCAUGAUCAGCUUUGGCAGCAGAUUCAACUGCUUCAAGCCCAAGAGCAAGAACUACGGUUGCAGCUGCACAACCAAGCUCUGAUUACCGGCCGACCUCCGCCAGUGAUUGUGCGGCAGCCCUUUAUUCAAUUUCCGAUGCCUCAUCAACAGCAUGACUAUACAGGCGACGAAAACGUGCGGUCAAGAUCGGGGACAGUUAACCACCCAGGGCUCAUGACGCCCCAACGACAAAUCUACAACCCCACGUAUGCCAGUAUCAGUGCCUCCAAUACUCAAGGCAGCACAACCAAUCCUCCCUCGCCAUCGGCUGCAUCUGCCUUGCCCGAAUUCCGACGUAAUCCUCGACGUUCGUCAAAUGCAAACGGAUCCAGGGCGCACUCGCAGCCCGCCCGAGGGCAGAAUUCCCCUUCCCUUCAAAGCUUCCCGCCUUUAUACACACUUCCACAGCCACUCGAUCCAAAACAACGGCCACCUCCCGAGUCGUCAGAAGGUGAAGGCAGUGGAGAAGAUGAGAAUGGUUUUCCUCCAAACAGCUUGCCCAGCAAUGGGUCCCACGCAGACUCUAUCGACGACAACCAGUCGCAGGGGUUCCAGGGGCUUUAUAACUAUAUCAGCCCCCAGCAGUUGCAGACGUACCAGCAACCCUCCAUGUUGCCUAUAUCCACGCCCAUGGGGUUGGCAUUACCAAACGGGUAUACGCCCUUUGUUCCAGUGCCACAAGAAUAUCGGCCAGGGGUCUUUCAAACGGACGCUGUGAAUGGGCGUUCUGAACAAACCCCUUCCACAGGCUCGAAACCGCAGCACUCCGCUUCACGGCCAGCUCCGUCGAAAGAUCGGGGUCCUUUGAUUGUGGAUGGCUCGGUUCCUCCCACCGAACAUCGUGCGCCUUAUGCGUCGGAGUUAAAUGACCCAUAUAGUGCCGUGAGCCAAUAUACGUCGACGUCGGACGACCACAACAUCAAUACGCCUCCCAGCUAUUCCGAUUCCUUGUCGCAGGACUUCCAAGACGUCCCAUUCGAGAUGGAACAGUCGGCUGUAUUCGCCCGGCCAUCUGUGGAGACUUCCAAGACGAAUGGUACUACCAAUACACAAGCCAAUGGGACCAACGGGCAGCCAGAGCUUCUUGCCAGUCGAUUGCAAAAUUACCACUUGUCAAAUGCCGAGAAGCUGGUUCAAUCACAGACCCAGGCUAAGGCAUUGACUUCGGAUCGCCAGAAGAACGGGUCAGGAGGCGGUGGCAAGGACACAGUUCAAUCGAAGCAAUCAGGGGACAAGUCCGCCCAACACUCGAACGACAACCGCCAUCAGACCAGUCACUCGAAGCGCCGCCAGAACGGCGUCGAGUCUUCCGAAAAAGUGAAUGGUGUGAACCACAAGUCCAAGUCCAACAAGGGCCGCCAGGAUGCUUCGCACAAUUCGUCCAAUGCAGCGUCUGAUUCCAAAGAUCGACAUGUCGAUCAACAUCGAGGCAAGUCUAGUGGUGCGGGUGGACCUACCAACGGCGUGAACGAUUCGGGUCAUGGUGGAUGGCAGACGACAAAGAAGAAGAACCGCAAAAGCGCCAAGUCGUCUGUUGAACCGCGGAACACUGUCAACGGCAAUGCAGAGCCGCUUCCUGCUGACGAGUCUAUGCGAAAGGGUGGCUGA